GCUGAAGUCAGAGAUUCACUGUGGCUGCUUUACCCAUUUUGCAUGCAGAUCACAUAAAUAUAUAACUCCUCUUCUUCUUCUUCUCUAUAAGUACAGGCCACCGUCUGGCGUAUUGUCGUACUAACUAAAGGGUAAACAAUAUGAUAUCAUUUUGUUGGGAUAUACAUUUAUUGUCAAAAUCUGUCACAAAAUUAGCUUUAUCACGGUCUAUCCAGAAUAUGUAUUUUAGCUUGUGAUGGAAGACACAAAACUUCUUUUUGAGGCCAAUUGGACUUUGGAAUCUGUAGUCUCCAUAUCCUAGACAUAACUUACAGACUUGUCAAAUUUAAGUCUGUGCCUCCAGACUACAUUGAUAUCGUAACUAGAGGUGACACGACUUUGAAAGGGAAAUAUGACGAGCCUGAGUCGUUUAGAAAAGCUUGGAACAAUUUUCACAAGGGUUCGAGAUUUGAUGAGAGCUGGUGUCAUGAAAGAAAUGGACAAACCACUUUGGUAUGAUGUAAUGGCAACCUUUCCCCCUAGAGAUGAGCCAACUUUCAAACAGCCAAUCUCUCCAGAACCUCUGAAGGAACUUAUUUAUCCAGAAGACAAACAAAGGGCAAAAUUCUACCAGACAUAUGGAAACCAGCAAACCAUAGACUUGACAAGACAUUCAGCAGUCAAGGAUUCAGUUUGCAGCAGGUUCAUUCAGACUUACCAAGAUUUGGAGACUAAGAAUGAAGGUUUAAGUGAUGAAGAUCUCAUGAUUGCAACAGAGCAAGCUUUAGCAGCUGAAGGAAUCAGAUUACAGAGACGAGGGAUGCCAAGAAAGCAAACAAGGAAAGAGACUUCAUCACAAGAACGGAAGCCAGAGAUUAGUGGCCUAGCAAAACUCCUACAAGAUGCCUUAACAAAAGAAGGCCCACAAACUAGAUGAUACGAAUACGAAGAGAAAAAAAUGGAUUUUUAUGCUCUUGUAAAGUGAGGAACUCUUUUAAAGUGCCAGCUAUUUUGGAUUCUCAGUGAUGCAAGUCAAGAGUCGUUGCUUUGGGAUACUUUAUGGAAAUCCCUCUGUCCUUAACUCAAUCAUUUCAUGCUUUGGAUCCAUAUUAAGCUGUUAGAUACCUGGAUGGUGUUUCUUAAAAGCUGUUCAUAAGUUACUCAUUACUCUUCACAUAUUAAUGCAUGAAUGAUGAACUCUUCUUGCAUUGAAUAAGAUACCCAUUGUUUGCAAUGGGAGUGAAAUUCCUAUAACCAUAAAUAAUAUUUACAAUUUAUCAACUUCUUAUUCAGAUGCUUACAUAUUACAAAAGUUAUCAUUUUAUAAAGAUCGGAAUUCACUUUAGCUGAUGGGAUUCAAAGUGAUUGGCACCAAAAAAAAUGUCACCAGUCAUGCGUAACUUAUGAACAACUUAAUGAAAUGGCCCCCUGGAUCAGCUUUUUUAAUUUCAUGUCACGCUGCCCUAGCUGCAGAAAAGUGUGGGGUCCUGAGACUGCUGAUCAUGUUGCGACUUUUACAAUUGUGAUCAUUGCGAACCGACGUUACAAAGUGGAGAUACUACCAUCUGACUGAGCGGAGAGGAUCAGAGUACACAUUAUUCAAUUUGGCUUGUUUAAAUCUAGCAGAAACUUGUAAUCAGGAAACUCUGAGGCCUGCUUCAUAAAGAUUGCUAUUAUAGUAACUUCACCACUGAAGUUACUUGUAAUUCAACUGGCUCUUGAGCCCUGUUACCAUACAAGUAACUGUGUCAUUAACAGUAAAGUUGUAAGCAAUGGGACCCCAGUAAGCACUGACAUCCACAAGAUGUAAUCCAGACUGAUCAUCGUCAUGUGUCCAUAUGGGGAUAAUAGAGUGUUGAUUGCUAUUUCAUGUAAAAAUUCAUCUAAUAUGAUCUUCAACUCAUCACAUAUACAUGUAAUUACUAAUUUACAAAAUGUGUUGAUGGGAAGAAUCAUUGGGUGAGAAGUUACAUUUCAAUUUGCUGGCAUCUAAAUGAUUUAAUACUUCAUUUUGGAAUUGACAUAUAAUGGGAAAUACAGAAAAGUGAAUAUUUUGCUCGAACAAGAGUUAACCCUAUCCAUGCCGGGGGGGGGGGCCUUGGAGGCCCCCCCCUCAACGAUUCGCGCAAUAUUUUCGCCUUGCGAAAUUUUUUGACCGGGCCGCUCGCUGACUUUUUACUUUCAAGUCUUGCGCAACUUUUGAGACCAGUUUUGCGUCACCCGGGUACGCGGUUUUCGAAAUUACGUAACAAUAUGUAAGUGCAUGUCAGACCAAAAAUUGCUCAAAAACAUGAUUUCGUGUACAAAGUCAAUGCAAAUUGGGUUUAUGGGUUUACAACAAAAAAUCAUAAAUGUAUGAUUAGUUUUAGUUUUGCUGGUCUAAAUGUAUUUAUUUUAUGCUGUUAUGAUCUCAGAAGAGUCCCCAACAAAUUUCAUUGAAAAAACAAUGAAAAACAAAAGGUCCAAAAAACAGGGAAAUACAUAAGAAAUUGCAAAAAACAAUAAAAUACAUAAGAAAUUGAUCUGAUAUCGCAUUUUUUUUCUUGUUCACUUGCUAGGAACACCAAAAAGAGUUUUUAUACCAAAAAUUGGACCAUUUGGAGCUUUAUUUAGGGAGUUAGAGGGAAAAGUAUGAUUUCGCAUACUAAUUAUGCAUAAAUUAGCAUAAUCGCUUAAUAGCAAUUUGCAUGAAAUAAAUUACUAUACAGUCUUGUAGAUUAUGUCCAAGACAACCUGCGUGCAACUUUUUGGCGCGAUCGCGCGGCCAACGGCUGAGAUCUCAAGGGGGGGCCUCGGCGGCCCCCCAUCCCCCCAGCCAUAUGAACUCCAAAAAUACCCCGGCCUAGAUAGGGUUAAGACUAGAAGUGAUAUAUGUAAUAGUACUUUUUACAAGCAUUGUGCUCUUAUCAGUAUUUCAUCCACUCUCUGUAAUUUUCAUUUUAUUCACACUUAUGAAAACACAGACUAUUGCACUAUAGUUCAAUAUAGUACUAAACUAAAGGCUCAGUGGUUAGUUUAGAUCAAGAGAUAAGAUAAAAAUAAACAGGGAAGAAAAUUAUAUUGGAAAAGAAUCUGUUUACCGGUAUAUGAAAAUAUGGAGGAAGAGAGCAUAAAUUGUACACAUGAUGCACUAUUGAAAGGAAUAUGAUUGUGACAGAUUUGGGUGCAAAUUUUACAAAUGGUAGCCAAAGUUCACCAUUGUGUUGUCAACAGUUUUUUUUUAUGACAAUGAAAGUGUGUUCAUACAUAUGUCAGCAUGUAGGUUAUGCAAUUCACCUCACCUCAGCUGAACAAUGUUUUAAAACAAUGGUUGCUGAUAUUUGUCCCACCAAAUCUGAACUUUUGCUUGAAAAUUGAUGAGUUGCUCAUGAAGAGUUUUGAAAAACUAUUUUCCAUUUAAUAAUGGACAAGAAAUAAAUACAUGUACUCAUAAUAUUA